GGCAAAGCUAAAGCAACAUCCGACGGUUCGACCUCACACGGUUCUUGAGGAAGACACUCCGUCUCUUCCUUUCCACCUAUCCCCGAUCAAUUCAUCGAGGAGGGUAUGACGGAUGAAGAAUUCGACCAGAUUUAUUCUGGUAGAGGGGACGCGAAUCUCCCCACUCUUGAUAGUCUAUUUGAGGAUAUUGAUGAAGCAGGACUGGAUAAUCUGGACGGGGACGAGGAGCCUACACUGCACAGCAACGACGUCGACGUGGAGGCAGGUGAGCACGAGACCUCUCGAGGUCCGGACAAAGGAAUAUCAAGGGUUAUACGGUACUGUACCAGAAGAAACAACACCUCCUCCGCCCCCAAAUCAAAAAAAGGUUUUAAAGGAAUAGUCAGUGGGCUUCUUGCAAAGAAAGGGAAGCGUGCUCUGCCUUCGAUGAGUUCAAGGGGUACAAUAGAAAGCUCGCACAACAAACAUGCUAUGUACCAAGGGGUGCCAUGCAAUUACGACGAGGACGACGUGGAGUUUGACGUUCUCGGAUGGUGGAAGCAGAACGAACACAUGUUCCCAUGUAUUGGAAAGCUAGCAAGACAAGUGUUGUCCGUCCCGGUAUCAACCGUAGCUGUGGAGCGAGAAUUCAAAGCUGGCAACAACAUUCUAACCGACUUCCGAAGUUGUCUUAACGCUGAAUCUCUUGAAACACUUGUUUGCAACCAAGAUUGGCUCUUGGCAAGACGUCGAGCUCAAGAGUCAGGGGCAGAGUAUUCCUUAAACACAAGUUACGACUCUGGUCUUCGUAUGUCCCCAUUCCAAGCCCUUUAUGGCAGGCUACCCCCAAAAAUGGUUCCUUAUAGUACCGGACGCAGGCGAGCUCCUGUUGUGGAUGAGGUGCUUCGCGAGCGGGAUUUCACCUUACGGCGCUUACGCAUACAUUUGAAGGAAGCCCAGGACCGUAUGAAGUGCAUAGCCGAUGGCAAGCGCCGUGACCCUGAGUUUAAGGUCGGGGACCUCGUGUUGCUCCAUUUGCAGCUCAACCGUCAACAUUCGGUAGUCCGUCGAUCUUCUCAAAAACCUGUAAUGCGCAUUAAUGAUCCAUUUGAGGUACUGGAACAUUUAGGACCAGUCGCAUACCGUCUAAAAUUACCUGCUACUUCAAAAGUUCAUUUGGUGUUUCACGUCUCCGUCUUACAACCAUUUCAGGGGUCACAAUCAGCCUUGCGCACUCAAACCUUACCGGAUGGAUUUAUUGACAGCCAUCCACAAUCCACUCCAGUAGCAGUUCACACCACUCGCCGGGUGUUGCGUAAUGGCUCGGUCGAAGAUAAGAGCUUGGUCAGUUGGAGUGACGGCACAUUGGAUGAUGCUACAUGGGAACCGACGUCCCUGCUUCGCUAGCGUUUUCCACAACUCCACCUUGAGGACAAGGUGCUUCUAGAAGAAAGGGGGAAUGUUACAGACGCAACACACUCGCAGGAACCACAACUUGAAGUAAGGACGACCACGGGACGUCGAAAUGGGAGAAUGAGGCGAACUCCAGUAUGGCAACAAGAUUAUAAUAACUUAAUUAUAAGCUCCUUCGAGGGAUUCUUUACGGUUCUUUACCUCCUCGCUUUUUUUGAACCGU